ACUUCAUCUCCCACCGUGCGGCGUGGACGCCGCAUUCUCUGGCCACGAGACGGCAUGAAACCUUAGCUUCAAGUUGAUUGUGAUCGCAGUCAGUCUCCAUCGUAAUUGUCAUUUUUGCACGGGUUAGAGCGGCCUCAGCUCCUCCUUGCUGUGUCUACCGCUUCGCAUGCUGGCUGAGGGGCGGAAAUCUGUCCGGCUACCGCAGUCCUGUUAUAUAGCUCGAGUUUCCUCCGCCCAGUUCGGAGAGGAUCCGUAUGGCUACGUCCCUACAGAAUGGAUAUGCAUUCUCUUUGUCAUCCUCUUUUCCCUCUCCGGAUGCAACAAUCACAUUGACUGCUCCGCAGUGAUCCAUGCAGCUCAGGCGAUAUAUACUCGUCUAUGGUGGAUCUUUCCGACCAUCUGCCUCGCAUCCGUGCUCGAGAUCAUUGGAUGGAGCGCGAGGCUAUGGUCCAGUCAGAACAUUGUGGCACAAAAUCCGUACCUCAUUCAGAUUGUUACGACAAUCAUCGCGCCAACACCCCUCAUCGCUGCGGAAUUUGUCAUCCUCGGUCAGCUCAUCCGCCAACUGGGCCAGUGCUACAGCCGGCUCAGCGCCAGGUGGUAUACCAUAAUAGUUUGCAGCUUCGAUGUUGUUGCACUUGUCGUACAGGCCGUCGGUGGUGCGAUUGCUGCAGGCGCGGUAAACCAGGGAGAGAGCCCCAACAAUGGCGGUCACAUCAUGUUGGCCGGCAUCGUCUUCCAAAUGGGUGCGUAUAUACUACUCAUCCUCGCUACUGCUACUGGGCAUGGGACCGAUGUCAAAUCUGCAGUUGCUAUCACGGUCUACAUGGCUCUCGCAGUAGAGUUCGUUCUGAGGUUCCUCUGGGACCGACCGCUGCGCAUGGCCGAGAGUACAAUUUCUGGGUAUUCGUUGGACAGGAACACAAAGCUGGUGCUCACCGGAAUGGCCCUGAGCAGCGUCUGUGUCUUCAUACGGUCCGUAUAUCGUACAAUCGAGCUUGCCGACAGAUGGAAAGGCCACAUCAUUCGCAUCGAGCGCUUCUUCGAUUGGCUGGAUGGCGGCAUGAUCUCGCUCGCGAUGUUCGCCGUCAACGUCUUUCAUCCUGGCAUCCUUAUCGGGCCCGUCGAGCAGUGGAAGCAGAAGAUACGAAGCGAAGAAGAUGUGGAUGAACGGACCCCGAUGACAAUCUCCAGUCGAUGAUGAAGAUAUGUCAUGACGGAGAAGUGCUGGAAUUUUACAGCAGUGUCUACUGACAUGGUCACAUCUCUCUCUCUCUUUCUUUUCUCUCAUCUUCCGCAGUUCCCUAGUUGAGGUUUGCGGCCAGUCCUGUGUACCACCAUGACGUUCCUGUUGUGCAUUCCCACUGGCAUGCCACCCUCCUGACACUAUGACCCCCCAAGGACAUGAACGCUUUUCAGUAUACCUCGAUGGCAUCAUGGGCAGCUCACACGAGGUCACUGGAAACGGG